UGUUUCAUUCACACAAAUACAUUACCAUUCUCCUCUCAUUUCACAAUAUUCAGCUGCAAAUUUGCAAUGGCGAGAGCCUCUCACAUAGCCAUUUUCCCCACCCCUGGAAUGGGUCAUCUCAUUCCCCUCGUCCAGUUUGCUAAACGACUCAUAACCCUUCACAAAUUCACCGCAACUUUUAUUGUACCUACUGAUGGACCUCUUUCUAAAGCUCAACAAAAAUUUCUCGACUCGUUGCCUAAUGGUUUAGACUAUGUUGUUCUUCCCCCUGUUAAUGUUGAUGAUUUGCCCAAUGAUGUUAUGAUCGAAACACGAAUGUCGAUUUUGAUCUCGAGGUCUUUGCCUUCGCUUCGUGACGAGUUUGAAUCGUUACAUGCAACCAAGAAGUUGGCGAGCUUUGUUGUUGAUCUUUUUGGCACGGAUGCACUUGAUGUUGCUAUUGAAUUUAAGGUGUCACCUUAUAUAUUUUUUCCUUCAACUGCUAUGGGCUUGUCAUUGUUUUGUUAUCUGCCUAAGCUUGAUGAAAUGACGAGUUGUGAGUAUAGAGACUUGCCGGACCCGGUUCAGAUUCCCGGGUGUAUUCCGGUUCAUGGGAGGGAUCUGCUGGACCCGGUUCAGGAUAGGAGGAAUGAGGCUUAUAAGUGGGUGCUUCAUCAUGCAAGGAGGUAUAGUUUGGCUGAAGGGGUCAUGGUGAAUAGCUUCAUGGACUUGGAGGGGGGAGCUAUUAAAGCUUUACAGGAAUUGGGUAGGCCGCCGGUUUACCCGGUUGGACCGCUCAUUCAGAGGGAUCAGUUAAGUACUGGUGCUGAUGGGUUGGAUUGUUUAAGGUGGUUGGAUGGUCAGCCUUGUGGUUCUGUUUUAUUUGUCUCUUUUGGUAGUGGGGGAACUCUGACGGCUAAUCAGAUCACUGAGUUGGCCUUGGGAUUGGAAAUGAGUGAGCAAAGAUUCUUAUGGGUUAUUAGAAGUCCUAAUGAUGAUUCUGCCAAUGCAGCUUUCUUUGAGAGCUAUAGUAAAAAAGACCCACUUGAUUUCUUACCACAAGGGUUCAUUGAGAGAACCAAAGGCCAUGGUCUAGUGGUGCCUGAUUGGGCUCCUCAGGCUCAAAUACUUAGUCAUGGCUCAACUGGUGGCUUCUUGACUCAUUGUGGCUGGAACUCGAUUCUGGAGACUGUGACGAAUGGGGUGCCUGUGAUUGCGUGGCCACUCUAUGCAGAGCAGAAGAUGAAUGCUGUAAUGCUGAAUGAAGAUCUUAAAGUUGCAUUGAGGGCACAAGUUGGGGAGAAUGGUAUGGUGGGACGCGUUGAAAUCGCGACGCUUGUGAAGGGAUUGAUGGAAGGAGAAGAAGGCAAGGGUCUUCGGACCAGGAUGAGAGACCUGAAAGAUGCAGCUGUCAAGGUUCUUGGUGAAGAAGGGUCAUCAACAAAAGGCCUGGCUCAAGUAGUUAGCAAAUGGUGCAGUUAAGGUUAUCAUUCAGAUAGUGCUCAUGUUCUGUUUCUUAUCUUGUUCUUUAGAAUUUCUUUAGUUUGUUCCCCUGCUGCUAGAUGUUUUACAUGCUUGGCCUAUUUUUAUUUAAGUGGAUUUCAAACCA